UGGAUUCCUUCAGACUCGAUGACAACGGCUCGAUAUCUAAUAUGGUCACCACACGAGGGCUACAACCAGUUCCUUGUGGGAAGUUCAGAACUCAAGUUAUAUGAAUGGUUGCCAGAGGAAGAUGGAGUUCCCGCAAGAACACAACUCAUAUCGUCUAUACCCAUACCUAAUAUAACGUUGAUGAUGUGUGCUGAUUGGUCACCCGAUCCUGGUUGCAAUGACCUCGUAGCUGUAGGCAUGACAACUGGUCGAACAGUUUUGGUGAGAAUGAAUGAACAUACAGAUAUUGAUCAGUCUCCGAGACCUUGGGCUCAAGGAGAUACCAUGAUAUCACCGCGCCGAGGAGUCGCUCGUACGCCAAUUCCGGCUAGUUCACCACAGAUGUCAGCUCAACAGCAGUAUCCAGUCUUACCUGUCAAGUCCUCUCGUGCAUGUAAUGUGGUCAAAUUUUCUUCCACUCAUCCUAAUCUUCUUGCUGUGGGCCUUGAUAAAGCUCGAAACGAGUCAUGUCUGAUGGUAUGGGAUGUUUCGCAAGCAACUACCUUAGAUGAGUCUCGUACUCCGGGUACUAUGACACCGCUUGCCACUGGGGAUGUCGGACAAUUCUCUCAGGUCGUGAAUACAUGGAAACCAAAUGGACCUGGGGCAUUUGAUGCAAACGAACGCCUCGCACAAACAUCUGGUGUAUUUUCCAACAUGAACAUUCCUACUAAAAGUACAAAACCCGGAGAGCAGAAAUUGAUGCAGCAAUAUGGAUCUGCUGAAGCCAUUACUUCUUGUGCAUGGUUGAGUGAGACCUCCGCACCAUUGCUUAUUGCUGGAAUGGGAGGAAAAUGGUUGAGACUUUAUGACACACGAUUGGAUGCUACAUCUAUGCCAUUAUCCAUCCAAGACAAGGCAGUGUACGGUUUGACAACUGAUCCAUACCACACUCAUCGCAUCGCAUCUUAUACGGAAGACGGUGUUAUAAAGCUUUGGGACAUCAGAAAACCGGACGAUGCUGUUUUAAGUAUCAAUGUUGAUCACUCAUCUGGCUCUAGAACGCCUCUAUCUCGAAUUUUGUUUGCACCAUCAAAGAGAGGAUUAUUAGCAUCUUUAUCAAGAGACGCUAACGCAGUUGAUUUAUGGGAUUUACAAGAGACGAGCUCAACAGUCUCGCCUGCAAAGAUGCAACUGCAACGAUCUGCUUCACCAUUUGAAAUGACAACAGCCACCGCAAAUGUGCCAUCCGCGGUAGAUACAGAACCUCCUGUAUCGACUUAUGGAAUACCACAUAACGCCAGCACAGACGAGGAUAUCAGCAUUCCUUUACUUUGGAGAAGUCGCCGCACCAAACCUAGUACCAAGGCAUUAGCAUCCUUUUCCUUUAUACCAAAAGCAAGUCAUUACUUUGCUCGCGCUCACUCCUCCGUGCAAGGACUGCUUACCCUUACGAAAGACGGGGUGUUUGACACACUGAAGGUUCAGCAAGUUCCUAAUAUGACUUGGGAACCUAAAGGAGGAAUAUUAGCAACCGAAGGCAUGGGAAUGACGGAAUACAGCCCUCAACAACGACCUUCUCAAGUAUUAGACAAGGAACAACAACAAGACAACAUUAAGAAAUUGCAUGCAUUUGGCAUAAAUCAAUCCUCGGUAUCAACAGCUUUUGAAAAGCUUCAUAUCAGUAUGGACAGAGAUGAAACUGGCAGAAGUCUUUCUUUGGCUAAUGGACCCAAGGUCAUGCCACUCGCAGAGAUUCGGUUUAAUAAGGAUCCAGCACUGUCAGCUGCGUUGGAUCGCGAUAUCUCUGUGCUGAUGCGUAAGCGCGUUGCUGAAGGAUACUCCAUGAAUUGCCGUAAAAACUUGGAUAUAAUUGAUCGUGACGUGAAAUUGCGAGAACUUUGGCGUUGGAUGUAUCGUGCGGAAACACUUUCUCAUGGUAAAGCUCAGAUUGGAAACGUCGACUAUAGUUUCCAAGGAGUUCUCGGUGUUUGGCUGGGACCAACGCACAAUCGACGUUCUUCACCCUCCAGCACCCCGCGUGCAUCAACAAACUCACCCCCAACGCCACUGCGCCAACGAAUAAGCCAGAGACUGCCAAGCGACGCUUCUUCGGAUCAAACAAGAUCAUCCCCUGUAACGACCACUCCACCACAAACGCCGAGCACUGACAGCCAACUCUACAUGGUCCAAACUGCUCGACUGCAACAGAGACAUUUGGCACUUACCAUUUGCGGAUUCGCAUUUACAGCUGAUCAAUUAGAGGCAGAGCUCAUUCGAUUGGAGUCAGCAGGAGAAUACGACACUGCGGCAGGGUGGGCAUUAUUCAAUGGAUUGCCUGAUCGUGCUAUCAAGGCACUUAGCAGCCAACGUGGAAACACUCUUGGGUCGGCUGACGAACAACAGCGUAAACUCAUGUCAGCGGUAUUGGCCGGAUACCAAUCUAACGGGGAGAAUAUGAACCCAACAUGGCGGGAGCUGUGCAAGUCUCUUAGCGAGGAUAUGGUUGGACGACCCUAUCUCAAGGCGAUUUUUGCCUAUAUUGCCUCCAACGAUUGGUCCGUAGUAUUGAACAUGAAAGAAUUGCCAUUGUGUGAGCGUAUGGCUGUUGCACUUAGAAUCCUGGAAGACGAUGAGCUGACGAGUUAUAUCAGUGCGACGUCCGAGGAACUCAUUCAGGAAGGCGACAUCGAAGGUGUUGUUGUCACUGGUCUGACAACCAAAGGUAUAGACCUUUUUGAAAAGGCUAUCGAUCGCUAUGGAGACAUUCAAACUGCAAGCUUAGUUCUCAGCUACGUCAUGCCUAAACGUUUCAGGGAUCGUCGUGUAGAGGAUUGGGUAGAGGAGUACCGGUCCUUGUUAGAUCGAUGGCAACUGUGGCAUGAUCGCGCCAAUUUUGAUAUCGAGCGUGGAAAGCGUAUGAACUCGAGUGAGAUCGCCGCACCACAAGUUUAUGUUCGAUGCAAUUACUGUGCGCAAUCAUUGGGUCACAGUUUGGUAGUUCAAAAUGUACGUAACAAGGAUGGAAAGCGCAUGAGUGUCCAAGCCAACAUCAAUUCUGGAUCGGGCGGUCGCGGAGCUGGAAAACAAAAGUAUACGAUAUGUCCAAGCUGUCGAAAGCCUUUACCUCGAUGCGCUCUGUGCAUGCUACAUCUUGGAACUCCCACCGACUCGCUUAGACAAGCCAUGGCCUCCAACAAUACACAAAGCAUGGAUCCUGCUGGGUUUGACUUGUGGUUCACAUGGUGUCAAACUUGCCGACAUGGAGGUCACGCUAUACACAUGUUGGAUUGGUUUAGAACUCAUAAGCACUGUCCAGUCAGUGAAUGUGAUUGUAUGUGUCAACCUUGAGAACAAUGGUAGCUGGCUUUCCUUACAUCUCGGACCAUAAUAUUAAAUUACACGUAGUAUAUGAUACAUUCAAAAUAUAAUCAUGGUCAUCAUGACCUUUUAUCAGAUAUCAA